CGGGCACCGCAGAACCGCUGGGGAAGGGGCUCCCAAGCCCUAAUCUAAGAGUCGCCACCAUGCACAGCUCUCCGACGAGCACCCGUAAGCAGACCAACUUCACCGCGAGUGUCUCCGCACAAUCAAGGAAGUCCAUUAGCUUUGGUAACCCAAAACCAACCGGAGGGAAAGGAUAUGCUGGCGCAAAUCAAAGCAAAAUAGCCGCAUCAAGAAACAUGACUCUUAUACCCGAGAUGAAGCCGGCAGAAAAACUAAACAUUGCUAGCGCCAAAUUGGUACAGGUGCUCGAUCCACGAGGAGUUGAUGUCACUCCCCGACCUCUCUACCAUCCAGAUCCACAUGCCAUGCCAACAAAGCCGAGCAAACUCUUGACAUCACAAGAAGGAUCGAUGGGAUCAGAUUAUAUUUCUUCCUACAGCCUGUAUCAGAAUACGUUAAACCCCAGCAUGUUAGGGCAGUACACGAGGUCAGUCAUAGGGAGCAGCAGUACAGUGUCUAAGUCAAGUAUAUCAACGACUGAAUCAAUGACAGAGGACCUUGAAGAUCCAUCUUACAAAAGGGAUAGAUUGGCUAGUUUUGCAGAUGUGCGAGUUAUGAGGGCCCCAACCGAGGCACCUAUAACAAAGGAAGAGCUGGAGAGGAAUGUAGAAAUCUUUCUCAUGGAGACAGAAACUCUGAGAUUUUUUGACCUGCCAACAGUCAUGAUCUCAACAGACUCGGAAGAGGCUGAAAAAGUCAUAGAAAAAAAUAUAAAUUAUGAAAUCCUUUGUAGAAAUAGAUUAGGCAAUGACUUAUAUGUAGAAAGGAUGAUGCAGACAUUUAAUGGAGCUCCAAAGAAUAAAGAUGUUCAAUGUGACAAAAUCAUAAUGGAAGAAAAAGGUGUAAUGGCCACUACCUGGGAUUUGUAUGAUUCUUUCAACGUUCCAGAAGCUUCGCUAGCAGCAAAACGAUCUGCAUAUUUAAGUAAAGCAAGUUUACUUAUUAGAGACCGGGAUCCAAAAAUACAAGACAGCGAAAGCAGUUCCCUAAUGGACAUAGAAAGUGUAAUUCUGGCUAAAAGUCAUGAGGAUGAAGAAGACAACUCAGAGAAGAUAUUGAAGUCCGAUAAGCUUCAUCAGGACUUAUUUUACAUGGAAAGGGUUCUAAUGGAAAAUGUGUUUCAGCCGAAGCUCGCAGCCUACCGUCAACUGCCUAUUUACAGAGAACCUGAACCUGGACAGCCUGAAGAAGAUUUGCAAGUGGUAACCAAGGUAAAAGAGGAUGAGGUGAAGAAGGAUGAAGAAGAAGAAACGGAAACGGAACUAGAGAUAGAAAUAACCACAGAACAGUCAACAAUACCAGCUAAUUUGGAACGGCUCUGGUCUUUCUCCUGUGACUUAACUAAAGGCCUCAACGUGAGCAGCCUUUCCUGGAAUAAAGCAAACUCAGACCUUUUGGCUGUUGGCUAUGGCAACUUUGGAUUUAAAGAACAAAAAAGAGGAAUGGCUUGCUGCUGGUCAAUAAAGAACCCCAUGUGGCCAGAGCGUAUUUACCAGAGUCCAUAUGGAGUUACUUCUGUGGACUUCUCAAUCAACUCACCUAAUCUGCUAGCAGUCGGCUACCACAAUGGCACCGUUGCGAUUUAUAACGUGCAGAGCAGCCACAACACUCCAGUUCUGGACAGUAGUGAGUCACCUCAAAAACAUUUGGGACCUGUUUGGCAAGUGCAGUGGAUAGAGCAGGACAGAGGAACUACCGGGGAUGAUAGAAGAGAAAUCUUGGUGUCUAUAUCAGCCGACGGAAGGAUCUCCAAGUGGGUCAUUCGCAAAGGACUGGAUUGUCAUGAUUUGAUGCACCUGAAGCGAACCACUGUUACAAGCAGCAAAAAGGGAAUAGAAAAGGAAAAGAAGGGCGAGGCCUUGAUAUCUCGACAGGCUCCUGGAAUGUGCUUUGCUUUUCACACCAAGGACACAAACAUCUAUCUGGCCGGUACAGAAGAAGGCCUUAUUCACAAGUGUUCUUGUUCAUACAAUGAACAAUACCUAGAGACCUAUAGAGGACAUAAGGGUCCGGUGUAUAAAGUCACGUGGAACCCGUUCUGCCCUGACGUCUUCUUGAGCUGUUCUGCAGAUUGGGGUGUAAUGAUCUGGCACCAGGACAACGUGAAGCCGUAUUUUACUUUUUACCCAACUACUUACGUUGUUUAUGAUGUUGCCUGGUCCCCCAAAUCCGCAUAUAUUUUUGCCGCUGCAAAUGAGAAUAGAGUAGAGAUUUGGGACCUUCAGAUCAGCACUUUGGACCCUCUGAUUGUGAAUGUUGCUAACCCUGGAAUCAAGUUUACAACCGUCCUCUUUGCCAAGCAGACAGAUUGCCUUCUAGUGGGAGACAGCGACGGACAGGUCGCAGUCUAUGAGCUGAGAAAUAUGCCUGCUCCUACGGAAAGUGGUCGGGGAGAUGUAAUCAACGUUCUGCUUGGGCCCAAGGCAAACUAGAUAGGAUGACCUGUCACUCUGGUUACACAUUGUUCCUAUUUAAGGGAAAGGGGAUAACAGCAUAUGCUGGAAGCUUAAGAUUUUGGUUUUAAGAGAGCAGUAUGUAGCCUAUAACUUCCGUUUAAAUUAAAUUAGCUCUUAUUUCAGACACAUGUGACUAGUUUAUAAUUUAAGGUAAGCUAAAGAUUGUCUUAAUUUUUUAAAGAUAUUUCUGCUCCACUUCUUGGUCAUUCUUAAAAAUAUCUAUUAGCAACUAUGUAUACCUAUAAAAUGUCCAAAUUGCUUAGAAAAUGCUUUCUUAAAAAGUUUAGACAUUUUUAGAGUCACUUAAUCCACAGUCAUUAGAAGAUGCAAUUCCAGCACGGGUCAAACCAGGUUCCCAAGCUCGGUGUUUGGGGCUUCCAAUCACUGUCACACAGCCCCUUGGGGACUGAGUGAGUACUCACACUGGACUGGGAGCAUCAAGGCUGCCCUCUUCAAUCUGAGCCCUGAAACUACACAACUUUGUCAGACCACUUGGCAAGCUAUGGUGGAACAACAGAUACAAGCAUCAUGUUAUCUGACUAGCCAGCAUCCCAUUCCCUUGUCAAUAAUCUGAAAUGCAUCGUUACCUUCCUCUGAAAGGCCAGAGUCAUCUGCAGUGAUGUUUGAGCCCAGUUUUAAAUUGUCUCAGCAAGAAAACAGAAGGACAUACAGACCAGGUUAGGGUGUCUUCUAAAGCAGUCUAGUGAGAGACUGGACAGUAAGGGUGGGUAUACACCCCACUUCCCAAACAGAGAGAGAGAGACCUGGAAGGGGUGAUCCAUGUGGGUCCCCUAACAAGUGUUCAUGUGUUAAAUGGGGUCAUAGGGCACGACAGCCUUUUCCAUAAGGUGUUUUGAGUGGAGGAAAGAGGCCAAGGUGUAUGAAGCUCACAAAGAAUUUAGAGAUCGUUUGUGUCUCUGCUGGUGAUAAGAGUCCACCUCAGGGCAGGAAGAACUACCUACUACACACAGUCAUUGCCUCACAGCCUUUAUUUCUUUGGGGCUGUGUGUUAAACAAAAGCAAGGUGAUUUUAGCUGGCUCUUGGGUUUAGGUUAGAUCAUAAAGAUUACAUAUUUUCUGCUGGUCUAAGUCACUAUGCUGGUCUUUCUAAAAAAAAAAUAAACUAUGUUACUUUGAGUAAAAAAAAAAUAAAAACUUGAUUUAGUUGAAAAUGUA